AUGGCUUCUUGUAGCACUUUGUUGCAAGCGAGGCUCCCUCUGUUGCUGUUUCUGGGUUCAGUUUUCCUGGCAAUGGCCUCUGUCUCUGUCGGCCUUGCCUUCUGGGAAAACCAGAAUCCCAAAAACCACCUCUGUGUCAAAAGCUGCGAACUUGAAAAUGGUGCUGCUUAUCGCAAGUUUGCUUGCCGCUCUCGUUGCAGGAUGAUCAAUGAGAUAGAAAGUGGACGUGAUCCACAGGAACAAGAACAAGGUCAACGCGAGCGGGAACGCGGACGUGAUCCACAGGAACGAGGACAAGGUCAACGAGAGAAGGCGCGAGAACAAGAACGGCGAGAACGUGAGGAGGAAAGGAGGCAACGAGAGGAACGACGUCGUCAAGAACAAGAAGAGGAACAACGACAACGUGAAGAGCAGAGAAGAGAGCGCGAAGAUGAGAGACGACGUCGUCGCCAGGGAGACGACGAUGACGACGAAGAGGGCCGUGAGCAGGAAGAAGAAGGACGACAAGGUCAACGAGAACGGCGAGAACGUGAGGAGGAAAGGAGACGGCGAGAUGAACGACGUCGUCAAGAACGAGAAGAGGAACAACGACAACGUGAAGAGCAGAGAAGAGAGCGCGAAGAUGAGAGACGACGUCGUCGCCAGGGAGACGAUGACGAUGACGACGACGACGACGAAGAGGGCCGUGAUCAGGAAGAAGAAGGACGACAAGGUCAACGAGAACGAGAUCGGCGAGAACGUGAGGAGGAAAGGAGACGGCGAGAUGAACGACGUCGUCAAGAACGAGAAGAGGAACAGAGACAACGUGGAGAGCAGAGAAGAGAACGCGAAGAUGAGAGACGAAGUCGUCGCAAGGGAGACGACAACGACGACGAAGAAAGCCGUGAGCAGGAAGAAAGACGACAAGGUCAACGAGAAAAAGAUCGGCGAGAACGUGAGGAGGAGAGGAGGCGGCGAGAUGAAAGACGUCGUCAAGAACGAGAAGAGGAACAACGACAACGUGAACAGCAGAGAAGAGAGCGCGAAGAUGAGAGACGACGUCGUCGCGAGGGAGACGAAGAGGGCCCAGAAUCACAUCGUCGUGAGCAGGAAGAAGAAGAACAAGAACAAGAAGAAGAGCUAGAAAGACGAGGUUCACAGAACCAGAAUCCUUACCAUUUCCGAUCUGGAAGCUUCCAAACUCGCUUCCAGAACCAACAUGGCAGCAUCCGAAUCCUCCCAAGGUUCGACAAGAAAUCCAACCACCUUCGAGGUCUCCGAAACUAUCGAUACGUGGAAUACGCGUUACGACCAAAUUCUCUCUUCAUCCCCCAUCAUCGCGAUGCUGAAGCUCUCUUGAUCGCGGUCGAAGGAAAGGCCAUUACUACUAUUGUGAACCAGACUAAUAGAGAGACCCACCACGUGGAGCAAGGUGACGUGCUGAGGAUCCCACCAGGGUCACUUGUUUAUACUGCUAAUAUUGAAAACAGGAGGUUCAGAGCUGCUAGUCUUAUCCUUCCCACCAACAUUCCUGGGCAAUACGAGAAUUUGUAUCCCUCUGGCAAUCAAAACCCUCAGUCUUACUAUAAGGCCUUCAGCAAGAAAACUCUCGAGGCCACCUUCGACAGGGAGUACAAUGAGAUUCAAAGGGUCCUACUCAGACAGCAAGAACAGAGUUCAGAAGAGGGAGUGAUGGUGCAGCUAUCGAGUGAACAAGCAAGAGAACUGAGAAAACAAGCCGAAUCAUCAUCGUCGAGCCCAAGAAGAAGGAGGCAUUCAAGUUCAUCAUCAUCUUGCAUAUUGAACUUGAGAAACCUUCAACCUCGUUACUCCAACGACAAUGGUAAAUUGUGGGAAGCUCGCCCUGAGGAAAUCAACCUUCUUCAAGACUUGGAAAUCUCCGUCGUUUGGCUAGAACUCAAAAGGGGAUCUUUGUUUCUACCACACUACAACACAAAGGCCAUAGUGGUAGGCCAAAUUAUUGAUGGAACAUCAAGACUUGAAAUCGCAUCUCCAUAUCUGGCUAAUAACCAAAGAUCAGAAGAACAAGAACAAGAUCAAGAGAGAGAGCGAGAGCAAGAGCAAGAACAGCAGCAGCAAGAUGAAGAACGAAGAGAGGGACAGAUUCAGAGGGUUUCUUCGAAGCUGCAUCAAGGUGAUGUUUUCCUAGCCCUUGCAGGUCACCCACUAGCCCUCAGAGCCUCAAAGAAGAAUGAUCUGAGGAUGGUCGCGUUCCUUCUUAAUGCUGAGAACAACCAGAGGAACUUCCUUGGAGGCGAGAGAGACAACGUAGUUAAUCAGAUGCCUAAGACAGUGAAGGGGCUGGCAUUCCCAGGAUCUGGAGAAGAAGUGGAAAAGCUCCUCGGAAACCAGAAGAAAUCAUACUUUGUAAAUGCUCAGCGUCGUCAGCAGCGAAGUGAUGAAGAUGAGGAAGAAGAAGGAGAUAAGGAAGAGAGGGCUCUAUUGUCUUCCAUUUAGGAAUCUUUCUAAUAAUAAUGCCAGCAUACUUAUAUGCUUGUGGGCAUGUAAUAUAAGGGCUUGAAUAAAUACUUGCUAUGGGGAGGAGGCUUUUGCAUAUGUAUGUAUCAGAGCUGAUGAUAUGGCUUUCUACUGCUACAAUAAAUAAAUAAAUAAACGA